AUGAAACUUGAAAGUGUUUUAAUCUUUGUAAUCUUUAAUGCAAUAUUAUGGAGUUUAAUUAAUUCUGUUAAAAAUAAUAAAGUUCAAAAUGAGUUAAAUAGAGUUGGGGAAGUAUCAAAGAAUGUAAACAAAAACUCAACUAAUGAGGCUGAAUCUUCGGUAGAUCCUCAAAUUCAAGAACAUAAUGAGACGACUAAAAAUUCACAGGAAGACACAGUUGAAAAUAAUGAAAGAAAAUCAGAUAGAAAAAAAUAUUUUAAAAUCUACCGCCAAAAUAAUAGAGAAAAGAUUAUUGCAUAUAAUCGGGAUUAUAAGAAUAAAAAUAGAGAAAGGAUCCGAGAAAAUGCGAAGAAUAUUCAUAAGAAAAAUAGAGAAAAUGCCAUCUUUGUUGAGAAAAGAAAGGAAUAUUAUAGAAACUAUAAUAAAAAUUACUAUCAAAAUAAUAAAAAAAGAAUACGACAAAAUAAACAAAAAUACCGACAAAAAAUGAAAAAUGAAAAAGAAAUUGAGGAAAGUUCAAAGUUAAGAAACUUAGAAUCUGAUAAUAAUGAAGGAACUUCAUUUGUUAAUCCACAGAUUGAUGAUUUUAGGGAUAAAGGAAAAGAACCUAUUGUUUUCGAAGAGAGCUUUGAUACUGAAGAAAGAACUCUUUUUAAUCAAGGAGAGGAAGAAUUAGAAGAAAUCGAAGCAGAAACUAAUUUGCAUGAUUUAAAUGAAAUCGUGGUAGAGGAGCCAAACAACAUUCAAGAAAAUUAUCUGGAUCAGAUAAAUCUAAAUAAAAAUAUUUAUCGUUUUGAUCUGAACGAGAAACCUAAGGAUGGACAAGAGGACGAUUGA